AUGGAGUCUGCAUCUGAAGGGAAAGAAAAAUACUACAACUCUCUCCUCGUGGUCGAUGAAAAUGGGGAACUUCUCCUGAACUAUCGUAAGGCCUUUCUAUAUUAUACGGAUGAAACUUGGGCGUCGGAAGGGAGACCAGAGCGAGGUUUCUGCACACUCACAUUUGACUCCCCACUGAAGCAAUCGGCCCAAGAAUCGUCAAAUAUUAACAAACCGGCUAUAUAUUCUCCAACGGAGAACAAGAAGAAACAAGUGGCUACUUCCUUUGGAAUUUGCAUGGAUAUCAACCCGUACCGAUUUGAGGCCCCCUUCACAGCAUGGGAGCUUGCUAAUCGAGUGCUCGAGUCGAAAUCUCAGCUCGUCAUCAUCUCCAUGGCAUGGUUGAGCUUGCUAAGCCGUGAAGAACUCGACAAUCUAGCUAAUAAGCCAGAGAUGGAUACCUUUCAGUACUGGAUCCGGCGGUUCUGGCCUCUGCUUCAGAAGAAAAUGAAUCACAACGCUGACGUCGAUGUCAAUGAUGACAAUGGGGGUGUUCCUACAACGAGGAGAGUCAUCAUAGUCUUCGCCAAUAGAGCCGGUGAGGAAGAAGGAGCAGAUGACAAGCCUACAGCGCGGUAUGCGGGAACCAGUGCAGUGGUAGCGGUUACUCAGCGGUCUCUUCCCUGGCAAAAAUCGACAGAUGUAGGCGGGGAAACAGAAUGCGAUGCGCCUUUCGACGUGAAGAUCUUAUGCUGGGACAUCAUAGGUGCGACAGAGGAGGGAAUCUGCUUUGCGGAUACAACAACUGAACCGAAAUUAGUUUUUGGAGUCGUUAAAAGAGAAGGAUCAGGAGAUGAGUCUGAUUAA